AUGUCUCUCUUCAAGAAGUUCGAGCCCAAGCCGGACCUGGGGCCUGCGACGGCGCUCAAGUCGUCCGUGCGCAGGGUCAUCCGCCAGAAGCUGUGCGAGCAGUACCCCGUGCUUGCCGAGGAGGAGGGUGCGCUCCUCGAGGCCGCCUGGCCAAACAAGGCUUCCGUCACGACGGUCAAGUUUGCGCGAGAGCACGUGCAGAUGCUCAUCUCGGACAAGCAGGUGCUCUUCUUCCAGCACUAUGACGACUGGUACCUCCCUAGCCUUCGUCUGCUCCACAAGUUCCCUGAAAUGCUUCCAUCAGUCCAGGUGGAUCGCGGAGCCAUCAACCUUCGUCUGCUCCACAAGUUCCCUGAAAUGCUUCCAUCAGUCCAGGUGGAUCGCGGAGCCAUCAAGUUCGUGCUCUCCGGCGCCAACGUCAUGUCCCCCGGCUUGGUGAGCGCAGGAGGCAAGCUGCCGGACCCGUCCAAGGGCGAGCAGCCCAUCAAGGAGGGCGAAUGCGUCGCCAUCCGCGCCCAGGGCAAGAACGAGAUCCUCGCUGUCGGCGUCAUGAAGAUGGAUUCCGAACAGGUGCGCAAGACCGGCAAGGGCAUCGCGAUAGAAAACAUCCACUACCUCGGAGACGACCUGUGGCUCACUCUGUCCAAGGGCGGCAUCUAG